AUGAAAACACCAAAUAAAGAGCUUCAUAUUUACAUUACUGGACCAUCUCAUCAUGGAAUUCAUCAAUUUUUCCAAGCAUUUGACUUUGUUGGAAAAGGUGAAAAGGAGGUUAAACUAAAUACUAUUGAUUUUAGAAGACAUGUUGUUAGUCAUUGUAUUCAAGGGAUUAUUAGACUUGUAGAUAUUGUAGAAGAUGUAAAAGAAGACAAUGAAAUUAUUCCAUUUGAUAUUACCCCUUUAAUAAAAGUUCUUGAAAGUUCUAAAACUAUGCAACGAUUACAUACUUCAAUUGAUAUUAAAAUGGAUCCUGCAUGGAAAGAAUUGAUGACUCUAAUACAAGACAUUUGGUUUAAUCCAAUUAUUCAAAAAUAUAAUUGUCCUCCAUAUCAUGAGGAUAUUCAUUUCUUAUCAUAUUUAAUUCCUCAUAUGUCUAAAUUUUUAUCAGUUGAAUAUAUUCCUACAAUAAAUGAUUUAUACUACUGUCCUCCAAUAAGUCCAAUUCAAAUGUCACAAUUUAUUCAUAACGAUGUUAAUAUUUAUUUAUCUACAUGGAAUCCACCUCCAACAUUAGACAUGAAUCAAAUUCAACUUGGAAAUCCUUCAAUAAUAAUUAUUCCGGUUUUACUUGACAAUUAUUGUUUUGUUGAACCAGAAGGAAAUUGUUUACUUAGAGUUAUUUCUACAUUGAAACGAAUAACAACAACUACUGACCAUCCCUUUGAAAGUAAAGGAAUGUAUAUAUUCCUUAUAAAGAAGCAUUUUGAUGAAUUAAUAAAGAGAUAUCCAUUAAAAAAUUGUUUUCCUGAAUACGAUGGUAGUAUUAGUGAAAUCAAUUUUAUUAAACAACAAUUUAAAUUUAGUAAACCAUUUAUGACAGGGGAAGUAGGUAUUAUAGUUUCUAAUAUUCCUGACCCCAAUUCAUUACUCAAAAUUCCACGUGCAAUUUAUCCAGUUAUAGAAAAAGAGGCAAAAUUAAAAAAUGAAAAAAUUAAUGUUAAUGAAGAAAAAGAGUCAUUUAAAGUCUUUAACUAUCAAUUUAAAGAAAGUAAAAAAGUUAAAUGUAUUACUGGAAUGAUUUCUUUACAAGGUAAACGACCAACAAAUGAAGAUACUGAAAUUGUUAAAGAUAAAAUAAAGAAGGAUAAAAUUAAAUUUGGACUUUAUGCAGUGUUUGAUGGACAUGGAGGAAGUGGAACUUCACAAGCUGCAAUAAGUGUUGUUGAAGAAGAACUUAUGAAAAGUGAAUUGAUGAAGAAGAAAAUGUAUGAAGAGAUGAUGAAUGAAAUUUUCAGUAAAAGUGAUAAAAUAUUAUGUAAUACUGUUUAUGAUAAUUCAGGAUGUACAGCAGCAGUUGUUUUGGUGAUUGGUAGGUUUUUAAUUUGUGCAAAUGUUGGUGAUUCAGAGGUAUUAGUUAUUUCUGAAGGAAAACAAUAUGAAGUACUUUCAGUUCAACACAAAGCAAAAUUACCAGAUGAAAAGAAAAGGAUUACAAGUCUUGGUGUUCCUGUUUAUGGUGGAAGAGUAUAUGGUAGUUUAGCCGUUUCAAGAUCAUUAGGUGAUAAACAAUAUAAAGGAGGAAGAGGAGCUGUAAUUUCUACUCCACAUGUGAAAGUUUAUGAAAUGACAAAGAAAGAUAAGGCAUUUGUAAUAUCAUGUGAUGGUAUUUAUGAAACAUUAAAUUAUGAUGAUGUUGUUGAUUGGGUAAUUACUGGUAUGAAAUUAAAUAAAGCCCCAACAAUAAUUGCAGAAAAUAUUGCGAUGGAUGCAUUAGAAAAAGGGUCUAAAGAUAACGUUAGUGUUAUUGUUUCAUUACUUAAAUGGAAAUAA